UCGUGGCAGCAUGCUUUGUACACACACAUUCUGCACUUCAUAUCCUUUGCUUCAGUUUAUGCACCGCAAAUAGUAAAUAGUUAAUAAUAAUUAACUUAUCAGUGAUAAUAAUUAGAUAGAUAAAUGUGUUUAAAUUAGAGCAUUAAGUAUGUUAGGCGACGCUUUAAAAAAGUUGGAGGUUGCGGUCAAAGGCGGUGGCAGUAUUGUGAGCCAUCCUCCCGUUUUCUCCAAAGAUUCUGGGACGCUGUAUAUCAUUCAAAAUAACACCCUCCUCCUCCACGACACCAAGACUGGGCGAUGCAUCGACAAAUUCUGCACUCCAUCCGCCGCCCCCAUCGCGAACGUUGCGAUAACAGCGGACGACAAUGUCAUCCUCGUCUUUACCUCGUCGGGGAACCUUUUGUACGUCGAAGUACCCAGUUUGACCGUGGUGAGGACAAUGGAAGUCGUGUGGAGGUCCAAAAAUUUUUCGGGGGCGAUUAAUUUUACAAAUUUUGUGUGGCCAGAGACGAUUUCGCCAGUCACACCGAUUUCGCCCAGUUACUUUUUCGUGUCCGGCUACUCGCCAGACUCUUCGACCCAUCCAACCCUUUACUCUGUUCAAACUCACUCCCCCGAGACACAAAUCCGACCUUUCGACGAUUCUGACACUCCUCCCGUCGCCCAACUCCCCUAUAAAUUUGAAUGCAAAGGAAUCGUUGCUAAUUUGCAUGCCAUCGCGACGGGGAGAAAUGGUUGUUUCGUCGCCGCCACUCAACCAGACCACCUUUUCGUUAAGGACAUGACUUCAAACUCGGUCAGAUGGCAUAAAGCGGGCACGAGGCGAUUCACCUGUGUCGCGGUGCAUCCAACGGAAUGGAUCUGCGCGACGGGGGACGAUUCCGGCAGGAUUUUAGUGUGGAGCAACCUCUUCGAGAAGGCCGCCGUCAAGACGAUUUAUCACUGGCAUACGUUGCCCGUUAGUGACUUAGCCUUCUCCAUGAGUGGCACGCAAGUCUACUCUGUCGGUGGAGAAUGCACUCUGGUCAAGUGGGACUUGAACAAUACGGGGAACAAGAGGACCCUUCCCCGCCUCGGGCUACCAAUCAGGCACGUCACACGGUCAGGAAGGGACGAACUCGUCGCCAUUUCACAAGCAGACAAUAGUGUUAAGUUGAUUAACGUGUAUAACGAGGUGUCGACUCAAAUCCAGAACUUGACCCAGUGCUACAUCCCCGACGGUGUGGACGACAUCAAUAUCUCAGAGUACUCGCUCGGAGGGGGCAAAGUUUUCCAGGCUGGGCUUCACCUCGACCCAAACAAUCAGAGUUUGAUCGCAAACGGAAAACCGGGGCAGUUGCAGUGCUAUUCAUUCAAGGAGGAUCGACACUUGUACAAUCUUGACAUCACGCAACAAAACUUUAUCACGGCGGAGAGGAACAAUCCCAUUCCGAACUCGGACGUGACACAUGUCGUCUUCAGCAAGUGUGGGGCCUGGUUAGCCAGCGCGGAGUGCAGGAGGGAUUCCAAUCGUGCGAAGUGCACCGAACUGCGCCUCAAAUUUUGGAAAUUUGAGAGAGAAAGACAAAUUUUCGUCCUGAACACAUCGAUCGAUUGGCCGCACGAGGUUGGGAUCUCCUCGCUGAAAAUGCAACCCAUCCCCGAGUCUGAUCCGACCCUCGUGGUAGCGACGACCGGAAUGGACAACAAGUUCAAAACGUGGGCCGUGACGAGGGACGAGAGCAUUCACGGGAAGAGCGAGUGGUGGAAUUGUGAGUUUAUCGGGUCCUAUCGAAACCUGCGGUGUGGACCGGCAUCAUUUUCGGAGGAUGGCUCACUCCUCACCAUCGCCUUCGAGAGAACCGUCACCGUCUGGGCCACCGACAAUAAUGAGCUCAAACUUACAUUGUGUCACUCAAAACUGGGAGAAAAUAUUAGUUUAUUAGAAUUCGGAUCCCACCAAAGUUCCCACUUGAUUGUGGCCUGUUCGUCGCAGAAUAUAGCGGUAUGGGACGUUAUCACAUCCUCCCUCCUUUGGGUGGCCCCCUUCCACGCGGAAACUUUAGCUGUGGACCCAUACUCCAAUCUCGCAGCAGCAUUUUCAUCCAAACAUCAUCUGAUUUUCUUCUCUCCCGACAACGCGGAACCGUUAGCUGUGCACAAAAAUGUGUCCUCUUCUCGCGUAAUUUCCGCUCUUUUUGUCCCUCACGGGAAAUCUUUUCAAAAUGUGAAGCUCAAAUCGACCCUGUUUUUCGUCAAUUCGUCUCAGGAACUUUGCGCCCUCCUCCCACCCGUCGAUCAAGCCGAGCCGGAUGAGACGAUACGAAUCAGUGCGGACGCGAGAAAAUCCGUCCUAACCCCGUUCGCCCAGUUGAUCGCGGAGAAGACCGUGUACGAAAGUCUGAGGAAGCCGACUACCCAAGUUUCCUCAAACCAAGUGGGACUUGAAGGCUACAAAAUUUUGAGAGAUAUCAUGGACCAGUCGCCGCACACGAUGCCAUCCUUGACAUACUUUUGUAGCAGAUUGUUACAAGCUUUAAGCACAAGGAGGACACCGGGAGAUCAUCUCGCCGAAGUGGAGAAAGCAGCCCAACUUUAUUUCAAGAAGGGAGGACGGCAAUACACCAAAUCUUCAAUGUUCGUUAAUGUUGAAGGCGACGAGGAGGACAAAGAAUUUGAAGAUUUCCCAAGAAUAGCGUCGACGGGGCAAAAUUGUGUUGACGAGACUCCACCCUUUACCCCGGAUUUGGACCUCGUAGCAAACGACAAUUUGACCUGGGUGAAUACUAUUUUUGAAAAAGAGUAGCUAAUUCAGUUAAUUAAUUAUUAGUUCGG